AGAUCAUAUUUAAUCUUUUUUUUUUAGAGGGAAGAGAGGCUCUUACAACUGAGGAGUCUAAUUGUGCUUGUUGGAAACACUCAGCAUGCAAUCUUAUUUCCGCAUAUGCUUGCAGUGUCCCUAUAAAAAAAAAAUGAAACCGAGAAUGUAACCCGACACGUUUCCUCGACUACUAUGGUAUAUGUAAAUGUUGCUUGUUUUGUCAACCCAAAGUGGUGAUAAGGACCAUUCUUUGCCCGAAUGCUUUGUCCUCAUAUAUGUAUCAUCAUGUGUCGCUUUGCAUACGUAUUAGGGAAGUUCCAAAAAAGUACAAUUAUGAGGAAAAGGUUGUCAUGUUACAAGACGAAAGACUGAUCAUAAAAAGGGUCAUGUUAACAAAAAGAACUUGAAAAUGUUAUACAUAUCAUUAUUAAAGUAAUAAUGAUCUCAUUAGUAGUUAAAAAUAUAAGGACUGUUUUUUUUCUCUCAAUUGUUUGUUCUUUUUUGAAAAAAAAAAAAAAAAUUCCAUGAAAAUGAUGACCUCUUCCUCGUGAUUUCGACGACUUUGUUCUUUUUCCUUUCUCUGUGGCCCUAAAAUGUCUUUGCCCAUCUCCAAUGAGACAUGUUAUUGUUAUAGAAGAAAUACCUUUAACGGCACCAUCGAAGGGCAUCAUCGUCGAUCAAAUCCAGGACGUAUGCGUUGAGAACGCAACGGAAAGCCGCCAUGAACGAGUGCAAAUUUGGUAUUAUUUAAGUGUAAAUUAUUCACAAUGCGUGCACUGCCUCUGAGUUCUUGCCUGCCAAUAUUUGUCAUAAAUGUUUUACUCUUGGAGGCCAUUAAACUUCAGUGAAGGACAAUGUAUGGAGUCGGGCACUAAUUGAUCAUUUAUUUUCUACCUUUGAAGAUUUUGACAGUAUUUUGUCAUAAAAACAAUUUAAAUUCUUGCAUUUUUCUCGGUAUCUACAAUUUAAAUUCCAAAUUCCACAUUAUCCAUCUUAGCUCAACUACUUUCUUCAAAUAUUAUAUCCGGAACACUUUGGCCUACUACGCUACUGUAUUUGUAUUUGUAUAUUUUUUUUUUAUAUUAUUAUCAUGUGGUGCUUGUUAUUAAAUGUUGAGAAGCGCCGAUUUAGAUGAUAAAUACGACUACUUGAUGUCAAAGUGAUCCGCAGGAGUAAAGGCUGAGAAGUGAGCUGAUGGAUAGUUUGCUUGGUGCGGAGUCAUUAAUGUUAGAUGAGAGGCGCUGCGGGGAAAAAGCGGGCCCACUAUGAGUACGCCCCCCAUCAAACCGUGACCGGACCGGAUGAUACCAUCUCAGCCAAGAUACCGGGGGGGUGCUCCCCUUUAGCAUCCCCGUAAAACAACUCAUCCUCACACCGUGUAAUCAGCUGAAUCUGGGUUUGGAACCAUGUGAAAUCUUUUUUUUUGGCCAUCAUCCUCUUGUGUGCACUUGGCAAUGUAAGCACAAAUAACUGCGUUGGUAUGCUCCUUGCCUGCCUUCCACUCAGAACAAAGCACGAGAGAGAGAGAGAGAGGAGAGAAGAAAUGUCUCACUGACUCUGUCGCCUGGACGACCAGCGGCGAGCAGAAGAGAGCAGUGAGAGACGCCAGUGCAAAAAGCAAAACAAAGGGGAAGGCAAAUAUUUGCAUUGGAGGAGUUUUGGUGUGUAUGCUUGAUGAUUUAUGACAAUAAGCGGCACCUUUCAGGAGCAGCAGGAUGAUGAUGAUACCGCAAAGCGCACAUUGCACGUGGACCCAGAAGGCCUGAUUGAACCCCCAUGAGACCCAGAGACCCUCCUCUCAUCAACCUCAUGUUUUUGAGCCAUGAAUGGGCCAAUACACAGCAUUUGAGAGCAGAGACAACGACUUGAUUCUUCAUUUUUGAAGCCUCAUUUCGAAUGAAAGACUGACUUUUUAUUCAAAUUUGCCAGAUAUCAAGAAUGGACGAGGACGAUGAGGAGCUGUUGUUUCACGCAAGCCGGGGAGGAGAGGAGGAAGAGCAGGUGGAGGAUUUGAGGCACGGGGUGGUACGGGGGCCCUGGAGGGCCGUGGCCUGGAUCUACACGCGGCCCUGGGCCAGCGGGGUGGUCCUCGGGGGCUUUGCCCUCCUUCCUUGCACCUUGUUUGCCUUCAUGCUCCUCUACUGCCCGCCUCUGGACAUCGACCUCUCCUACAGUGCCUUUGAGGUUCACAGUCACUUCUCCGCCGAGCGGUUCGACGCCCUCGCCAUGGCGGUGAAGACCCAGCUCGGCUCCUGGAACAGACGGAGGAGGGCCUCGGACGGCGCCGAGGCCCUGCGGGAGCUGCUGAUGGAGAAGCUGGGCAACAACAGGACGCUCCGCAAAGCCUCCGCGAAAGGAGAUCGAGGGUCGUCUCAUCGGAGACCACGCUCGGCUCCCGACUACUACCUCCAGAGUCAGGCGCUGUGGAGAAUCGAGUUGGUGUUUGUGGCUCAGGGCGACGGCGAGCGCAACAUCUUCACCCCCGAGCGCCUGCGCACCAUCCACGAGGUGGAGCGCCUCCUCAUGCAGCACCCGCGCUUCCCUCAGUUCUGCUGGAAGCCCAUGGAGGCCUUGAGGGACCUCCCGCUGGGGCCGUCGUUCUGCUCUCCGCCCAGCUCGCUCCUGUCUUACCUCUACCCCAGCGAGCGAGGAGGGAAGAUCUACUACGACGGAAUGGGUCCGGAUCUGGCUGACAUUCAAGGUUCGUUGAGUCUGGCCAUCACUCACCCUCAGUUCUACUGGUACGUGGAUGAGAGCCUCUCCCCCGAGAAUCUCUCCUCCUCCCUCCUGCGAAGCGAAAUCCACUUCGGCGCCCCUCUCCCGUCUUACUACUCCGUGCAGGACCGAGCCGACGAGCAGAGGAGUCACUUCAAAAACUUUGCGGUGCAGUACGCCGAUAUCCUGGCCAAGCAGUCCACCAGCCAGGUGAAGGUUCUCUACGGGGGGACGGAGCUGUUCGACCAUGAAGUCAGGCACACCUUCAGGAAUGAUAUGAUGCUGGCGGUCAUCAGUGGAGCCUGCAUCACCGUGCUGGUCUACAUCCUGACCUCUUUCUCAGCCUUUCUGACCUUCUUCGGCCUGGCCAGCAUCGCUCUGAGUUGCCUGAUGGCUCUUUUCUUGUACCACGUGGUGUUCGGCGUGAGGUACCUGGGCAUUCUCAACGGAGUGGCCGCCUUUGUCAUUAUAGGAAUCGGGGUGGAUGACGUGUUUGUGUUCAUCAACACCUUCCGACAGGCGGCCCAUCUGGGUCAUCCGCGGCAGCGUAUGGUCUACACCAUCAAGACAGCCGGGCGAGCCACGUUCCUCACCUCCUUCACCACGGCGGCCGCCUACGCUGCCAACGCCUUCUCCAAGAUCCCAGCUGUGCACGACUUUGGCCUGUUCAUGGCCCUCAUCGUCAGCUGCUGCUGGCUUUGGGUUUGCGUGCUGAUGCCGGCCGCCUUGUGUAUCUGGUCGCGGCGUGUGGAAGCCCACGAGCACGAAGGCUUUCACUGCUGCAAACGGUUCGGGGGCCUGUCUUCAAUCCACGGCCCUUUGUCGGACGACGAUGACGACGUGGCCCUGCUGUCGGUGGAGAUGGAGCCAGAUCCCCUCGAGGCUGAUGGCGACGCGGGCAUUCUUUUCCUGUCACCGGAGACACCCUUGAACUCUGUGGGGCAGCAACACCAAGGUGUGGUCAGCGCCAAACUUCAGUGGGCUCUCGCGCAUUGGGUGGUCCAGCCAACUGUGGACAGGAGGAAAACCAUUCUAGGCAUCUUUCUGGUGCUUUUUCUUGCAUCUGCGUGCUGUUGCUGCCUCCUGAAGCCAGCCUCCCACGCCCCCUUGCUCUUCCGCCAGGACACCAACCUUCAGACUCUUCUGGCUCUCAGGAGCAACCUCAGCAGUCAAGGGAUCUCCUGCCCCAUGUGCUCAGGUGUGUUCAUGGAGAAGCCGCACUCUUUGCACAAUCGUAGCUCCUCGUCAACGUUGCGAACAUGGACGCAUCAGCGGGCCCGCAGCGCAGCGGCGAGCACCUCAACGGCGCCUCUCAACACAGCCGAACAAAACGCAAGCGUCAACCAAGCCGGCUUACUACUCACAGUGUUUAUAUCCAAAUUGGAGCUGAGAAGCUCAACCAGAGUUUACCGCUUCUCCCUCAACGCCACGACUCCUUCCCCGUGGACGCUUUGCGGCACGGAGCGCGAGCAGGUGUCUUCCUUUCAGGCCUUUAGUCGUCCGUGGCGGAAUUACACUCGAAGGAUGACGGCGUGCGUAUCCCACGACUACUACCCAUACCCGAGCUGGAUGAUCACGUUUGGGUCGUGCGACCGGCGCCACAGCUGGAUGCCCGAGUUUUCUUUCUACGUGGCGGCGGCGGCGCAACAGCACAGCAGGGAACUGCAUUUUGCUCAGCACAAACUGAGGCCUCAUCCUACUCGAGUGUGCGUGAGCCCGCCUGGCUGCGGCGUCAGCGGCACGCCCGACGGACCCGCACGUGGAACCUUUUACGCUCCUCUUCCCGGAGAUUCCACCACUGCAGCGCCAGAGAAGGCAUCCAAGAUGUUUGGCUUCAACCCGUGCACAGGCGGCGCCUGCGGCCGACCGGCCGUGCGGCCUCUGGUCGACACGGGCGCCAUGGUCUUUGUGGUUUUCGGCAUCCUGGGAGUUAAUCGAACGCAGCGCGGGGGCAAUCACGUUAUCGGAGACGUUGGCAACGUCAUAUUGGAUCCGGACUUUGAUAUUUUCCAAGAAAUGGGAUACCUGUGCAAGAUUUGUAAAGCUGUUAGUGCAAAUAAACAACUAGUAAAGCCCGGAGGAGCACAAUGUCUGCCCUCAGGUAAUAAGCUGUCCAGCGUUCUGCCUCUGCUGCAUCCGGACUGUCACGCUCUGCCGGAGCCCAACCUGCUCCCGGGUCAGCUCUCUCACGGAGCGGUGGGAACGCACGCCGGGAAGGUCCGAUGGCUCUCCAUGGCCUUUGAGUCCACCACCUACAAGGGCAAGUCGUCUUUCCAGACCUACUCCGACUUCCUCCGGUGGGAGACCUUCAUCCAGGAGCAACUCUCUACUCUGCCGCAGUCUUCGGCCUUGAGGCGAGGCUUCCAGACCUGUGAGCACUGGAAGCAGAUCUUCAUGGAGAUCAUAAGUGUUGAGAGCGCCCUCUGGAGUCUGCUUCUGUCCCUGGUUAUCUGCGUGGCUACCGUCUCUGUUUUUACCGCUCAUCUUCUACUACUGCUUCCAGUCCUCCUAACCAUCUUGGGAGUGAUCUGCGUGGUGGGCGCUGUCAUGUACUGGUUGGGCUGCGAGUUGGGAGCUGUGGAGGCCAUUUCGCUGUCCAUCCUGGUGGGAUCUUCUGUGGAUUACUGUCUGCACCUGGUGGAAGGAUACAUGCUGGCUGGAGAGACGGCACCUUCUCCCGCAGGACUCGGCAACGAGACUGCAGCUUGGAGGCAGAGACGCUGCGUGGAGGCAGUCAAGCAUGUGGGCGUUGCCAUAGUGUCCAGCGCUGUUACCACGGUGAUCUCCACCCUCCCCCUCUUCUUCUGUGUCAUCGUGCCUUUCGCCAAGUUCGGCCAGAUCGUGGCCAUCAACACCACCGUGUCCAUUUUGUUCACGCUGACGGUGACCGUGGCCACCCUGGCCAGCGCCGCGCCCGUCCACUUCAGCAGGACGCCUGGCGGCGUGCUGAAGGCCGCCGUGGCCGUGCUGGCGCUGGUGAGCGCGGGGGGAGCCGUGUGGUGGGUGGGCGGGGGGCUUCGACGGUGAGAAGCACUGUCUAAGAACAGAUGAUCAGUGUUUCUUCUCAAAGUCAAUGCGACAGUGGCUUCUAAUAACGUUAAGUCUCUGCCUUAUUUGGACUUAUGCCUACUGUGAUGGUGUUACAUGGAGGUUUAUUUUUUGGUUUGUUUGAGGUCCUAUUUUGUGUCAAAGGUUUGAGAACCGCUGUCACAAAACCACUUCCCCUCACAGGAAUAUGAGUUUGCACUCACAGUGAAUGUUAAAGAUGUCAUAUUUAAGUACAAACAUCUCAUUUGUAGAACAAUAUGGAUAAUUUUUUGAUAUCACAGUUUUUGUUCCCAACCACUUUCUACUAGAAGAAGAACAACAAAGAAAAAAAAAUGAAAAACAAAAAAAUUGACAUUGAAUUUUGACAUGACGGACGGACGGACCACUGAUAAUAUAAUGCAAGAGGUGAAGUGCACAAACAUGGAAGGAUGGAGAGGAAAGCUAGAGAGAUAGAGGAAAAGAAAAAAAAAUGUCACCAAAGAUUGCCUUCUUUGGAUUGAUUUCUGCUUGCCGGAAGUGAGAAGAAAAUGAUAUAUAUCUGUCCAUGAGCUGUUUUGUGAGUCCCUACAUAAUCCCUCCCUUGGAAGAUUUCAAGACACUUCAAU